AUAGUGAUCUGUGGCCAAAAAGAAGGCAAGGGAAGUAACUCUUAUAGGUGGCAGAAAAAAUAAUGGCUACCUCCACAAGAACAAGCGUGACAUUUUUAUGUCGGAUACUUUCUUCAGUACAUGUCCAGUGUGGUCAAAAGAAUCAACAAUCAACAUGGUGUAGAAUCUCCAGGGUUUAUUCAUCAAUUAAACAUUGUUCUACUUCUGCUGCAGUGAAAAAUGGUUCUGAGCUGUCAGAUUCAGUGAAUGAACCCAGUCUACCCUCUACACAAGAUUUAUUAAGGGGUAUUGGUAAAACAAAAGGUGAACAGAAAACACGUUCUGUAUUGAAGCCAGAUCAGCCCAGUGAUGCUAAAAUUUUAAGAGUAGCGAUUAUUGGUACACCAAACUCUGGUAAAUCAACCCUUACAAAUAGUCUAAUGGGUUGGAAGGUGUCCGCAGUAUCUCAAAAAGUUCACACCACAAGAAAAAACACACUAGCGGUUCACACAGAAGACAACACACAAGUGGUGUUUUUAGAUACUCCAGGUAUCCUUCAUCCAUCACAGAGAAAAAAACACAACUUAGAACAGCAGUUAGUAACAGAUCCAGAAAGCAGUUUACUUCAUGCUGAUAUGGUUGCAGUUAUGAUAGAUAUAUCAAAUACAUGGACCAGACACCAACUAGAUUCCAGAAUAUUACAUCUUUUACAUCUGAAUAAACAAUUACCUUCUAUUCUUAUAUUAAAUAAGAUUGAUCUAGUCAAACAUAAGGGUGUCCUACUGGGAAUAGUCAGAAAAUUAACAGGUGGCUAUUGUGGUGGACAGCCAUUGAACAUAGGAAGCAAGAAAACAGAUGAAAAGAUGAAUUUAAAGAAUAUUUUAGACCGAUAUGAACAUGAUCAAGUUGUCAUAAAACAGAGUUAUCAAGAUGAAUAUGAUGGGUAUGAUGAUUAUGAUGAUUACGAAGGUAAUAAUGAAACUUCUCACAAGAUUCCUGAAAGAAAACUGAACUUAUAUUUAGAACAAAGUAAACAAAAAAUACAUGAAUUCCGCGAAAAACGGGAUGAGGCUCGAAUGAAGAAAAACAAUGAAAAUAAAACUGUAGAUGAAGAUGUUCGUUACAGAAUCCUCCAAUUAUCUGUAGGUUUGGACCCGGACGUUGAAGCUGUUAUCCAGAAAUCCAUGGAGAAUAAUCAAGUUACACCACAAGACAUAAAAAAUGAAAUACAAGAUAUGAAAGGUUGGAAAGAAUUCAGUGAAAUUUUCAUGAUAUCUGCUUAUCAUGGAGAUGGGGUCCAGAGAUUAAAGGAGUAUUUUGUGAAAACAGCAAAACCGGGAGAUUGGCAUUAUCAUAGUAGUCUUGUUACAGACCAGAAUCCACAAGAAUUAGCCAUGUCAUGUGUUUGGGAGAAAUUAUUGGAUUAUUUACCAAAAGAAAUUCCUUAUCAAAUGUAUCCAAGAAUUGUACAUUGGGAAGUUGAUGAAGAUGACAUAUUAGAUGUAGUAAUGACUAUUGAUGCUAAUAAUCCAAGAUAUAUUAAAAGUGUUCUUGGAAGAAAAGGUGAAACAAUUCGUCAGAUAAGUCAUGAAGCUAAACAAGAAAUAAUGAAUGCCUUACGUUGUGAUAUGAAAUUGUCAGUAAGGAUCAAAAAAACAAAAUAAUGUAUUUGUAAAAUAGUGUAAUAAACAUGUAUUUAAGUAGUAA